GAGAGACUGAGCGAGCGGAAGGAGAGGGAGGGAGGCGCAGGGACUCACACUGGGAGCUGUCACUUCGAGAAAGCCAGAGAGAGAGAGGAUUAUCAGUAAUCCUUUCCCGGGAAGAUCACGCUGCAUCAACUCGGAAACAGGCUGACUCUCAGUGCAGCUCCAGGAGAUUACUGCGUUUGCAGAACAUUGUCUUUUGAAUGGGAUGUUACAAUGAGCAGGAAUAGAACUGGAGAAUGAGCUGCUCCUUCUAGUUUCCCUCCAGAAAGCUACCUGCCCGACAUGGCUCCGACCUUCAGCAGUGCCUUUGUCACUGUACAGAAAAUCUAUUACCCAGCACUCUGUGCAGUCGGGAUCCCAGCCAAUCUUUUGACAAUAUACACCAUCCACUACAGGAAAUGUGGCAUGUCCAAGGUUGCAAGACUCUAUCUGAUUUCCCUGGCUAUUGUAGACUCGAUGAGUUUGUUCUGGGGAGGAAUAGUGGACCUGAGCUUGAGUUGGUUGGACCCAAACCCUUUCUGGAACCGCUCCCCAUGGUGUGGGCUAGUCACAGUCCUGGAGUAUGGCUCCGUAUUCAGCUCCAUUUGGAUUGUUAUUGUCUUUACCUUGGAACGUUACUUGGUGCUAAAGAGCACCCAGGCCAGGCGGCAAUGCUCCCAGACUAAAGUGAUCAUUUGGAUCAUCCUGAGUGUCAUCCUAGUCUCACAUCUGAUUGCACUCCCGACCUAUUGGAUCAACAGUUCGGUGUUGCAGAAUGUCACCUUACACAACCAGACCCUUCUGCAGCCCAUCUGCACCUACAGUGAUCGUUUCUUUUCCACGGUGGUGGUCUGGUUCCACACCUUCACCACGGGCGGCAUCCCUUACAUCCUCCUUAUCUUCUUCAACUGCCUGAUAGGCCAGCAGCUGUACAGGGCCAGCAGGAUGUUCACCCGGGAGCAGCUCAAGUCGAUAAACGGCGUGACCACUCGCAGACUGAUGAAAAAGUCCAUCCUGAUCCUCUUCACCGUCUCCUUUGCCUUUGUACUCCUGUCGCUCCCUCGUUUUGUCACCUACUGCAUCCUGAGGACAGCCUACAACACGCCAAAGCACAACAGAGAUGACUAUAGCCAGCUCAUCAACCUAUUUGCAGAUAUCGGUAUUAUGUUGCAGUGGUUAAAUUCUGCCAUCAACUUCCUCCUCUACUGUGCCGUCAGCAAACGAUUUCGCACAGAGUUUUUCCUCGUCCUGACCUGCUGGUGGAAGAAACCAAGGAGCCCUGCUUCACAGACCCACCUGAAAGUUUAUAGUCUUCACGGGGCCUGGACUGAAGCUUCAUCAACAAUAUUUGCCCAACGUCAUUAGUCCACUAUUGGCUCGGUACACUGCAAUGUGUUUCUAUAUUCUCAUCAUAAACGAGCUACUCAGAAGAGGAAACAGUGAUCAUAAUAUAGUUGAAUGCCGCAUGUAUUUUGAACCUGAUUUACUUUCAUCCCAAGCAAAACUGUUUCAAUAACUUACAUAAAUCAGCAUGGGAAAAGAGGCUUAUUGGGUCAAAAGGCUAAAAUGUACUGCGAUGAAUACACUAUAGGAAACUAUUCGAAACACUGUUCAAAAUGUUCAAUGCAAACACAUGCCAUUGAUGAGCACAGACUCAACAUGAGUAAUCCAUCACUGACUUGACAAGGAAGUAACAUGAGGUUAUAGGAAAAUGAGAUUAGCUUAAAAUAAGAUACUUAUAACAUGCAAAGAAUAGUAGUAAACUUGGAGGUUGGGGGUUAAGAAAGGGCAACCUAUAAAAUGAGGGGCAGAAAAUGAGUUAACUAGCUGAGAACACAAGAACUGAUUGUAAGCUUUCUAUAAAAGGAGCAGAGUAGCUAAAGUAAGCGUUAGUCCAUUGGAGAUGAGACAAGAGUUUUGGAAUGAAAAGGUUGACCUAUGCUGAGAGAUUGAAUAGAUGAGGCCCAUAUUCUCUGGACUUUUUAAAAAUGUAUUCACAGGAUGUAGGCAUCGCUGGCCAGACCAGUAUUUAUUGCCAGUCUCUAACUGCCCUUGAGAAGGCAGUGGUGAGUUGCCUUCUUGAACCACUGCAGUCCAUGAUGUGUAGAUGGACCCACAACGCCGUUAUGGAGGGAGGUGAAGAACCGACCCAGUGCCACAAGAUCUCAGUGCUGAAUUGUAACUGUAGUGCAGCUUCCCCAGUAGUAACAAAAAUCAAUUGUAGAUUAGGCUGCGAGACUGUAAGGCUGUACACCUAUAAUAGCUUUUGUGUCUGUCUGUUUAAAUGAGUGUACAUAAUUGCAAUAAAUGCUUCCUUCUGCUUUAGUGAAUGAGCACACAACACCCAGCAUACAUUUUA